UGGAAGAAAGAGAGUAGACUCCUUACACACCAGUCUCAGAGACAAAAGAAAAAGGAAAGGCUUGCAAUAUGAAAAUCACAAGCAUCACAAUCUUGUUUUGGCCGCUCUCCAUGCUAUUGUUAUCAGACGAAAGCCAGACGUCUAAAACCGAAGUCAAAUGUGAUUUCACUGCAAAGAAUUAUGCUUUGAUUCCAGCAAAUAUCAAUAAAAAUGUUACUAUACUUGACCUCAGUUAUAACCAAAUUACUCUGAAUGUUACAGAUACAAGAGUUCUACAGACAUAUUUUUUACUCACCGAGCUCUAUUUGAUUGAGAACAAUGUCAUUAUCCUACAUAAUAAUAGUUUUGGUAACCUCUCCCAUCUAGAAAUUUUAAAUAUCUGUAGAAACUCCAUCCACAUAAUUCAACAGGGUGCCUUUACAGGCUUAGAUAAACUAAAACAGUUAUAUCUCUGCCAAAACAAAAUAGUUCAACUGAAUCCUGAUGUAUUUGUGCCUCUAAAACACCUGAUACUAUUGAAUCUGCAAGGCAAUUUGAUAAGCUAUCUUGAUGUACCACAACUGUUUCAUCUGGAAUUCAUAAUUUUAUACGGAAAUCCAUGGAACUGCUCUUGUAGUCUACUGAAUUUGCAAAACUGGUUGAACACAUCGAAUGUGACACUAGAAAAUGAGAACAUCACCAUGUGCAGCUAUCCGGAUAUACUGAAGUGCUACAAUAUCAAAACAGUACCUUACAAGGCUGAAUGCUACUCAAAAUUUCCUUCAUCUAUAACUGAAGAUCUUUACAUUCAUUUUCAGUCCAUUAGCAAUUCAACAUUUAAUAGUUUUUUGAACAACUUAACAAGAAAUUCAGAACGUGAAUCUCAAGGAAAAAGCUGGGCUUUUCUUGUCAGUGUUGUAGUCACUGUACUGAUGACUUCACUCCUCAUUUCAAUUGCUAUCAAAUGUCCAGUAUGGUAUAAUUUUCUGCUUAGUUACAAUCAUCAUCGCCUGGAAGAGCAUGAAGCAGAAACCUAUGAAGAUAGUUUUACCGGAAAUCCAAGUCCUCCUCCACAGAUACCAGACACAAGCUACGCAGAAACUACAGUAAUAUUUGAACAACUACAUCAAUUUGUGGUAGAUGAUGAUGGGUUUAUUGAAGACAAAUACAUAGAUACUCAUGAAUUACGUGAAGAAAGUUAAUUUCUUUCAAUGUUUGAUUCUUUAAAAAAUGUUAACAGCUCACUCACAGUUCAGACAUGGAGAUUUUGAUAUAUGACAUACUGAACUAUAGCUAGUAGACCAUCAUAUUAAUUGCAACACACAUAAAUAUCACAAAAUUAUGCUCUUCUCAUUGGCAUUGUGCAAGUAGGUCCAAAUACAGUAACUGCCACUCCUUGUUAGCUAACAGUUAAAAUACUAGCAUUACUAUUCUCAGCAGUAUUCAGGGGACCAUACAUAACAGUAGGAAAAGGCCUAAGGUAAAUUAUUCAUUAAUUAAAAUGAACAGAUUUUCAUAUUAGUCAGAUAUGUGAUGUAAUACAUAUUAAAGUUUUACUGAUUGGAAUCAGUAAAGAAAUAAAGAUUUUGGAAUUUUAUCACAAGUCAAAGUGAAGAACAGAGAUAGUUUAAACUGACAACACACUAAGGUUGAUUUUAUGCCCAUAGAAUGAAUUCAUGGAAUUGGAAAAUGCUUUUUAAAUUUUUUUAAAUGCUUCCUGAAUUGGCACAACAAAUUUCUGAAAAUUUAGUAGUGAUUUAAAGCACAGGUACAAUGUCCAGGCACAAUCUCUUGAUUUUUGUUACAAAGAAAGACUGUCAUCAAAAUGCAUGACUGUCACAAUUGAAUAAUAUGGUGGCUUCCAAAGUGGGAAUCAUCUAUGAAUCUUGUUUUUAAAAAUACCUAUUUCUGCCUCUCUUUAGGAGAUUUUUAUUCAAAUGAUUCUGUGCUGUGGCUGAGGAAUCUUCAGUUGGUCCGUGGUCAGUUCUUUGGGAUGCUGUAGAUAGAGCAAUGUUUCCCAAACUGUCUUCUAGAACAUUAACUUCCAGAGAGACAUUCAGAAGUAUUUACAGGGUGGGGGAUUAAAAGGUACAUGGUCAAACUACUAUAGAAUUACUAGGAAAUACUGGGUUUAAACAAAGUCAAACAAGUUUCUUUACUAUAGGACUUACCCAAGGCUUUACUAAACUAAACUGCUCUCUGCUCUUCAAGAGCAAAAUAUUAAGAAUUUGCCAAACUUCUUGACAACAAAACCUUUUCUUUGAUGUAUAGCUACUAAUAGCUCAUAGGACAAUAAUGGUCCAAAGAACACUGGCCUUGAGACUAUUAUAGGAAGAGUCUAAAGUGAAUUAUUUGCCAAUUCCUUAUAAACAAUUGGCUACAAUCAUAAUUUUAACAACUUACUGCAAAUAGUGGCAUUAAAAACUGUAACAAAAUCUAUCAUUUUUACCUUCCAUAUGUGGGAAAAUUUAGUAUACAGUAUUUAUACCUUUUAGAGAAAGGAAUAUCUCUAAAACACUGAAAUAUAUUUAUGGAUUAAAUAAUAUGGGGUUUAAAAUUUUCUUCAUCAUUAUACAGGGAAGGGAACAGUGUCUAGUGGUGUGGAUGGAGCAGGGUUGGAUAAAAGCUGAUGGAGAUGGGUGCAUAGGAGUAAAAUACACUAUUUAAUUUUUGUGUAUGUUCAAAUUUCUCGGUAACAUAAAGUUUUUAACACAUGUACAUACCUGAUAAUUUCUUAGAAAAAAGAGACUAAAAAUAAUGUAGAUGUACAUUAUAUCCUAAAAACAGUCAUUUUUAAGGUUAUAUCAAUAGUAAAUUCAGUUCAAAUGUCUACUGAGGAAAAUAAAAACUGUUUUGGAUGAUACACCCUGUGAAAUAAAAGAACUGACUCAUUUGUCAUGUGCAUUGUAUUUAUAGGAACAUGUUUUCAAUAAAAGAUAUAAAUGUC